GUAACGCAACCCAUGGAUGGUUCAUUCAGAAGAGGAAAUGUGUGCUGGUGUUAUGUAGCUAAGGGUAGCUCAAAUGCUAUUCUUUUAAAGCAAUGCUAUCUUAAUAGUCCGGAUAUGGCUGAGUUUCCUGCACAAGGAUAUCGCCAAGUAAUGGUGAGCGUUGUGACCCUGUGUCAACCAGUUUGGCUGGCUAAACUAAGGCUAUCAAGAAUCAGCCUUCACCUCCCCAACUUGCCUUGUGCCUGAGGUGCUGCUGAGGUCAGGAUGCUGCUGAAGAUGCCCCAGAAGCUGCUGAAGACUGCCCACUUCAUGGAGCUGGGCAGCUACCAGCACUGGCCGGUGCUCAUACCCCAGAGAAUACGGCUGUACACCUACGAACAGAUCCCCCUCUUUCUCAAAGAAAACCCCUACAUCACAGACGGCUACAGGGCCCACCUGCCCUCCAAGCUCUGCCUGAGGAGUAUUUUUAUGCUGUCCAAUGAGACUGUGAAUAUUUGGAGCCACCUUCUGGGUUUCUUGCUUUUUUUCUACCUGGCGGUCAAUGACCUCACCACAGUACUGCCAGCCUCUGGAGCGAACAGAGAGGACUACGUCAUCUACGCUAUAGGACUCUUCUGCUUCCAGGUAUGCAUGUUGUGUUCUGUGGGGUAUCACCUGUUCUCGUGCCACCGAUCAGAGAAGACCUGCCGUCGCUGGCUGUCGUUGGACUACGCAGGAAUCUCUGUCGGCAUCCUUGGCUGUUACGUGCCAGGGAUCUUCUACGCUUUCUACUGUAAUGCUUUUUGGCGACAGGUGUACCUGCUGACGGUGCUGUCGCUGAUCCUGGCCGUCUUCUGCGCUCAGAUUCACCCCCGUUACCUCAGCAACGAUUGGAAACGGAUACGAAUGGCUAUCUUCUGCUGCGUGGCCGGCAUCAGUGUUGUUCCCUCCUGUCACUGGGUCUGGCUCAAUGGUGGAUUAUCCACUGAUGUUGUACAGUUGUUCCUGCCUCGCAUCCUAGUGAUGUACCUCAUAGCUGGAACUGCCUUCCUGUUCUACGUCACCAAGAUCCCUGAGCGCUAUUUCCCCGGCCAGCUGAACUACCUGGGUGCAAGCCACCAGGUGUGGCACGUGCUGGUGGUGCUGAUGUUUUACUGGUGGCAUCAGACUGCUGUACACAUCAUGCAGUUCAGGCACAGCCGGUCCUGCCCCCGGACCAGCAGCAGCUAAGUUAAACCGAUCAAAUAAUGUUACGGAACUGCUGUCAGCAAACAUCAGUUAGGUCCAAUCUUUCAAAUCUCAUGAAAUACUUGCUAACACUUAGCUGCUGGUUAAAAUGUGAUAGCUAAGGUAUUUCAACCACUGACUACCAGGAUCUCUUGCCUAUAAGCUGCUGAAGUGAAACUGAUGGCCUGACAGUAGCUAGUAGCUUUCACUGACCCGUUGUUAAAGGCCAGUGUGCAAUCUGCUGUCUCAUACAGUGGAUACUAACUAAGUUACUGUAAACCUUUAAUUCUUGUAAGCACCAUAACCAUAAAUAUUAAUGCAUGAAGCAGGAAUCAUCGGAUUCAUAAUAGAACAAUUCUAAGGUUUGGUGUUUUUAAUUGUUGAUCAUGUUAUCUCAUGGUUGAAUUUCUUUUGUACAGAAAUAUUCUAUAAGGAUUCUUUUGAAUCCAACAUAAAAGCCUGUGUGAGCAACGACCAUCUGAUUUUGUUAUCUCUACCAGCUCCCAUAAGAUUGUACGACAUUUUAUGAUGAAAGGCGGAAAGCACCGAACAACAAUCAUGAAAAACUGGAAAUUCAACGUUUGAACACUGUGAACUGCCUGUCUCUGGAAGAAAAAUUGUCUCACCACCUGAAGUAUUUUAAUAGUUUGUUAGAGUUCAAUCAACAAUCAAUUAAUAUCUGAGAAAAUGUGGGAACUAUAUUUUAGCCAUGUGUAUUAUUUUCUUUUUUGUGUACUUUUAUUCGAUUUUUUUUAAAUGGGUUUUGAACAAAAACAUCUGUUCCUGUUCUUCACUGGUCUGCACAUAGUUUUGAUUUUUAGGUGCUCCGGGAUUUAAGCAACUACUAAUAAAGGUGAUUGGGAGUUUGGUUUUUGGAGCUCAAGGCAUUUUAAAAGGAAUCAUUUAAGGAAAGACUGUAUAUUGGUUAACAAGUCAACCUGAGCCAGUAAAACUAUGUGCAUAGCUAGAAAGAAAGAAAGAAAUGGUUUUGAUUUUGAUGAAAUGCCCCCUUAACAACAGCUUGUGUCGGACGAUAAAGACGAACAUUUUGCUGACCCAGUGACAGUAGCACUUAUGCUGCUGAUAAGGCAGGCUAUCAUCCAGAGUGGUUAUCAGACGGCUCUCCUGCUGCCAUCUAAUCAUAAAGUCUCUCAUAAAGUCUGGGUGUGUGAAAAAUCGUCACUUUUGUCUAUUUGAUCCUGUUUUUUAAAUAAGGCCAGUUAAAGUGUUAAAGUACCUUAUUCACAUUUUUCCACAGUGGACUUUGGGACAUAUUUUAAUGUUGAGUGUUCGUUUUUACCAUAUUUCAAUCAUGUUUAUACUUUAUUUGCCUUAUUAUCUUUCAGUUUGUGUACUGUAUACCCACUAACUGUUACAAUACGUUGCGGGGCAAUAACCCUAAGCCAGAACAGCGAAAUGAUCAAACUCAGACCGAUUUCAUCUUUGCUGUUACACCAUAAGGCCACUAUGUUUUUGUUUUCUAAAUGUAAUACAAUUUAGUGUUGGGAAUCAAUUAUGAAUAACUGCUGCAGAGCUAGAAAACAGGUGCUGAAAAAAAGUGACUUUAUUUUGCCGUGUGUUUUUAUUUUCUGAACAUGAAACCUCUAGUUAUCAUAAACUGCAUGAUCUUUUCUCUGAAUGAUCUCAUGAUUGUUUUAUCCUGUGAUUGUGUUUUCCUUCAGCCUCAUUUGUAUGACAAAGCACUGACUUUCAAGAUGUAUAAUAUUUAUUUCAGUGCCUAUGUGAAAUUAUAUUUUUAAACAUUUUUGAAUGAAUAAAGAAUGCUGGGAAAUGUU